AUGGCGGUUAAUAUGCGUGACGAGGACCAACUUCGCUCUCAAUAUGUGCGCUCUAUUCCGGACGCAAUAUUAGCGGACGGCCUACUACUCCAGGGUCGGGUCAACCCAUCGCGAUAUUUGUCACAAAUGGCCACUUUUGAAAUCCGGGCCAACGAUAUAUGGCUGGUGUCUUACCCCAAGUCAGGCACCACAUGGACUAAACAGAUACUGUCGCUCGUCGACGGUAACGGAAACGUGGAGUCCGUAAGCGAUGUAUCCGUAAUAGAGCGCAUCAAACACAUCGAGGUUUACGACAAUAUCGAGCGGUUANCCGGCAAUUCUGUGACGAAACACAAUUUGAAUCAUUUGAUUGGCGAGGAGUGGAAAAGGGUUCGCGCGAUAGUGUCGCCGACAUUCAGUUCCGGCAAAAUGAGGCAAUUGUGCGCUCGGGUCCGGGAUAACUCUGGGAACUCUAUAGACUUAUGGGAUGUUUGUGGCAAAUACGCGGUCGACGUGAUCGCCACGAGUGCGUUCGCUGUCCGUAUCGACGCCUACGACUCGGCCGGCAAUCCGUUUGUGGCGAACCGGCAAUUCUGUGACGAAACACAAUUUGAAUCAUUUGAUUGGCGAGGAGUGGAAAAGGGUUCGCGCGAUAGUGUCGCCGACAUUCAGUUCCGGCAAAAUGAGGCAAUUGUGCGCUCGGGUCCGGGAGUGUGCGACACGUUUCACAAAACAUUUACAAACCUUGUAGGUAACUCUGGCAACUCUAUAGACUUAUGGGAUGUUUGUGGCAAAUACGCGGUCGACGUGAUCGCCACGAGUGCGUUCGCUGUCCGUAUCGACGCCUACGACUCGGCCGGCAAUCCGUUUGUGGCGAAUGCCGUCAAUAAGUUUCGCUUCGGUGUCGUCGACGAGAUGGCGUCGUUCGCACUGCCGGUAUCUGUGCGCCGAUGGCUCCGACUGUCGGCCGCCCCUAACGACUCGUUUUUCGUCGACUCUAUUCGACGCAUACUAUCGAUUAGG